AUGCCUGGCCCGGAGUUCGUAAACUCAUUUGCGGAAUGGCAGACAGACGACUUGGUCCACAACUGUUUGAAUUGCCAGACAAAGUUCACUUUUAUGGUGAGAAAACAUCACUGCCGGUGCUGUGGGGGGAUAUUUUGCGCGAACUGUAGCGACAAGUUUCUUUGGUACAACAAGCGCAAGGUCAAGGUCGUUCGCCGAAAAGACGAGUUUGAAGCAAUCGAGUUUCCACCUCACAGAACCUGCGCAUCGUGUUAUGAGAACUUGACGGAAAUGCAUCUUGUAGUUACCAAGUGGGGCGACAAGAGGGGUCUGCAAGCAGUCAGCAGUGGUGCUACUGCAAGAUCUAAUAGAGGUUCUGGUAUUGGAGAACGCAACUCAGAACUUACAAAUAGCCUCCCAACAUCCUCAUCAGCAUCGUCAUUUCAAGCUAACGAAGUUGCUAAGAAAAGCAUCGUUGCUGAUACUCCUGGUGAGGUAGAUUUAGACGCCAAUCGGUGCCCCAUUUGUAAUGCAGAUCUCUCCAAAGUAGCAGAGCCACUUUCCAUUGAACACAUCCAAAAAUGUGUUCACAACGCAGAAAUGACUCAGCAACAUCAUAAGCAGCAACAAGGAACGUCAAGCUCUGCUAAUAACCCAUUCCUACAAAACAGAAUGCUAGUUUAUGUCAUUCAGCCAAGUUCAAUCGUGCCGCCACUCUCGAGUACCCUCGAGUGCCCCGAGUGCCCUAUUUGUUUUGAAGAAAUGAGAGAUGGCGAUAAGGUGGGAAGAUUAGAAUGCUUAUGUGUUUUCCAUUAUGAUUGCAUAAAAAGCUGGUUCAAGAAGAAAUCUCAGAAGGUCAAAGCCAGUUCUGCUAAAUGUGCUAGUAAGAACUUUUGCCCACUGCACGACGCGGUGUUUUAA